AUGGCGCGUAUUACAUCCCCCGCAUCGUUAUCCCUCAUCGCACUCCUCGUCACAGCGUACUUCGUGUCGGAAAGCGAGGCUUUUUGCUAUUUUCUUCCCACCGACGACUUUUCCGAAGCAGGACGGUUUCUCCCCAGCGCCGGCUCUUUACCCACCAACCGCCUUCGACCCGGCUUGAAUUCAGCCAUUGCAUCGGCAGCCGCAGCAGCGGGUAGCGUCAAUCCCGCAGCGGCGCUCAACUCGACGCUCUCCGGCCUCCAGUCGUCCCUCAACGGCCAGAUCGCGUCUCUCGACGCGCUUCUCAAGAAAUCGCUCGAUCAGAUCUCGGCGGCCCUCAGCAGCAACGCGUCCGCUGACGCCGCGCUCCAGGCGCAGAUAUCCGCCCUUAAAGCCAACCUCGCUGCUUUGAACGCGAGCCUCGUUAAUCUUAACGCUCUGAACAUCUCAGGGUCGCCGAAUCUGAACUUCACGGAUCUGAUUUCCCAGAUCUCGGGGAUUCGGUCCAACAUCUCUUCUAUCAGCAGCAGCAUCACCGCUCUGAACAAGGAUCUGGCGGGGAUAAUCGGCUCAGGCGCAGAUUUGGGCGUAGGCUCCGCGGCCGUGUCGCGUCCAGCCGCCGGGGCGGCUUCUGUGGCGAUCCGCGCGGCGCGCAGAGGCUGA